AAGUUAGUUGGGACGGCCUGCUGAGAAAGGACCCGUUUUUACUAUAUUUGUUGGGGUGUGGGGUGGGAGCUGUGUAGAAAGAGACUGCUGCUUACUCGACGGCCUCCUUCCUUCCUUCCUUCUUCUCCUUAUCUAUCUUCGUCGUCUUCAUCUUUUCGAAAGAGAAAAGAGAACAAAAAAAGGAUAGAGAGAGAGUGAGUGAUGGGCAAUUGUCAGACCAUAGAUGCAGCAGCCCUGGUAAUACAACACCCAAGUGGUAAGAUAGAGAGGAUGUAUUGGCCUGUAAGCGCCAGUGAGGUGAUGAAAACGAAUCCCGGUCACUAUGUUUCUUUGAUCAUCCCGUUGCCUGUACCUGAGGAAGAGAACAAGGAGCAGAAGACCGUCCGGUUCACCCGCGUAAAACUUCUCCGGCGAACUGAUACGCUUGCUCUUGGCCAUGCUUAUCGGCUUGUCACUACUCAAGAGGUCAUGAAGGUGUUGCGGGCAAAAAAGCAUGCCAAAACGAAGCAGCAGCAGCAGCAAGAAUCAGCUGGGAAGUCACAGACAGUGCCAGAGAAGCCGCGUUCAGGUUGUGAGGCAGAAGGGAAAUCAGAUAUGGAGAAGACAUCUCAGGUGAUGAAACAUGAAAGACAGCGAGGAAGGACACCAUCAACGAACUCAGCAGUAAUGAGAUCAAAAUCUUGGCGCCCCUCAUUGCAGAGCAUCUCUGAGGCAGGAAGCUGACUGGUAAUUUCACCAUUCAAUUGUACAAUGGUGUGUGUCAGACUUGUUGGAUAAAGUAAAGGAUUGCCACUUUCAUACCCUGAUGAUCCACAUAGAUGGACUCCCAAGAUGAGCAGAAGGAUUCCUCAAAUCCAUGAAGGUACCAAGAUUUCAAUCCAUCAUCAACCACAGCUCCAAAUUCAAAUAAUUUCUAGUGGGACAACAUCUCACUGUGGAUACAAAAGGGGCGCUUACUGUAUUGAAAGUGAUAUUUUGAAAAAUAUACAGAACUUGCCUCGA